AUGGCUGAGUAUGCAAAUGAAAAUGAAAAGAAAGCAAAACAGAGACAAAAAUUGUACUAUGACCGAAAAUCUAGAGACAGAAAGUUAGAAGUUGGCCAGAAGGUGCUAAUAUUACUACCUACACAUACAUCAAAACUGAUAGCAAGUUGGAAAGGACCGUUUGUAGUAACUGACAAAGUUAGUCCUGUUGACUAUAAAAUUAGGGUCAGAGGAAAGGACAAAGUAUUUCAUGUGAAUAUGUUGAAGUUAUGGCAUGAAAGGGUAGAUAAUAAUAUUGAUAAUAGUGUUCCAACAGAUAUUGCUGCGUGCUUAAAUUUAAUUUCAGGCCUUAGCACAGAUGACAGUACAGAUGAUAAUGAGAUGUCUACAGCUAUAACUCCUGUGUUGAAAAGAAAAGAAAGUGCAGAUGACGUCAAAAUAUCACCAGAGUUAACAGACGAAGAAAACCAACAGUUAAAAGAACUACUGAAUGAAUACGAUGACAUCUUUAGUGACGUACCUAAGGUAACAAAUAUUAUAGAACAUAGAGUAGUUACAAAGACAGAUGAACCGAUAUACAAGCGUUCAUAUCCGUUACCAUACGCACUCAGAGAUAAAGUCAAACAAGAGAUUGAUGAUAUGUUAGAUGCCGGUAUAGAUGAGCCGUCUGAUAUUGGACUUAAUUAUAAGCCCUUUGAUGUUAUAGGUGUACCAGUUUCUACAAAUUUUGAUAUAACAUUGAUGAUUUGCUUGAUAAGAAACUUGACAUCUGCUACUCAGCCAAUUAAUGGAUAUAACAGACUACCAGGAACAGCGGAAAAAACUCCAGGAGCUGAUCUAGCAAGGAUUAAAUGGUACAGGAAUAUGUUAGCUCAUCCUGAUAGUAACAAAAUGACCACUGUUGAUUUCAAUAUAGCAUGGAGUAAUAUAUCUGAUGCUGUAAGUCGAUUGGAUGGUCAGCAAAUGAAUCAAGAGUGCCAAGAGUUAAAGGUGAAGAUCUUAGAUCAGUCAAAUCGGGAAAUUAUGCUGGAAAUCAAACAAUUACAGGAUCGGUUAAAAGAACUUAGACAAACAGUGGAUACAGACCACUCAGAAGUGACAGAAAAUCUGAGGAAAUUACAAGAUUCCCACAAUACUUUACAGACUGAAUACACGGAAGUCACAGAAAAUAUGAAAAAGUUACAAGUUUCCCAAAUUACUUUACAGACUGAACACUCAGAGGUGACAGGAAAUCUGAGUAAGUUACAAGAUUCCCACAGUACUUUACAGACUGAACACUCAGAGGUGACAGGAAAUCUAAUGAAGCUAAAGGAUUCUUACAUUACUUUACAGACUGAACACACCGAAGUCACAGAGCUUUGGAAAGACCCAAUACCAUGGAACAUCAGAGGCUGUAAGUCGAUUGGAUGGUCAGCAAAUGAAUCAAGAGUGCCAAGAGUUAAAGGUGAAGAUCUUAGAUCAGUCAAAUCGGGAAAUUAUGCUGGAAAUCAAACAAUUACAGGAUCGACUGAACACUCAGAGGUGACAGGAAAUCUGAGUAAGUUACAAGAUUCCCACAGUACUUUACAGACUGAACACUCAGAGGUGACAGGAAAUCUAAGGAAGCUAAAGGAUUCUUACAUUACUUUACAGACUGAACACACCGAAGUCACAGAGCUUUGGAAAGACCCAAUAUCAUGGAACAUCAGAGGUCAAAUUGAAGAGGAAUUGGAAACUUGGACAGAAGAUGGAAAAAUGUUUAUAGAAACAAAUGGAUCAAAGAGUGCUGUCAUUAAUAAGUGUAUAGAUACUGGAGUAUCACCUCUGUACAUUGCCAGUCAGGAAGGACAUACUGAAGUAGUACAGAUGCUGAUAAACAAUAAAGCUGACAAUAAUAAUUCUAGAGAUAAUGGAGCAUCAACUCUUUUCAUUGCUAGGGAGAAAGGAUAUAUUGAAGUAGUUCAGAUGCACAAUAACAAUAAGGUGGACAUUAAUAAGCGUGAUAAUGAACAAGUUUCACCUCUGUGCAUUGCUUUUCAAAAAGGACAUACUAAAAUAAUACAGAUGUUAAUAAACAAUAAUGCUGACAUUGAUAAGUGUAGAGAUAAUGAAGCAUCCCCUCUGUGUAUUGCUUGUGAGAUGGGACAUAUUGAAGUAGUACAGAUGUUAAUAAAAUAUAAGGCUGACAUUAAUAAGUGUACAGAUAUUGGAGAAUCACCUCUGUUCAAUGCUUGUCAGGAAGGUCAUACUGAAGUAGCACAGAUGUUAAUAAACAAUAAGGCUGACAUUAACAAGUGUACGAGGACAGGAGAAUCUCCCAUAUUUGAAGCUUGUUAUAAAGGUCAUACUGAGGUUGUUCAGAUGUUAAUAAACAAUAAGGCUGACAUUAAUAAGUGUGACUAUAAUGAAGUAUCACCUUUGUACAUUGCUUGUCAGGAAAGACAUACUGAAAUAGCACAGAUGUUGAUAAACAAUAAGGGUGACAUUAAUAAGAGUAGAGAUAAUGGAGCAUCACCUCUGUUCUUUGUCUGUCAGGAAGGAUAUACUGAAGUAGUACAGAUGUUAAUAAACAAUAAGGCUGACAUAAAUAAGUGUAGAGACAAUGGAGCAUCAAGUCUGAGCAUUGCUUGUCAGAAAGGACACAUUGAAGUAGUUCAGAUGUUAAUAAACAAUAAGGCUGACAUUAAUAUGUGUAAUGAUAUUGGAGAAUCACCUCUGUUCUUCGCCUGUCAGGAAGGACAUACUAAAGUAGUACAGAUGUUAAUAAAUAAUAAGGCUAACAUUAACAAGUGUACGAGAACAGGAGAAUCCCCCAUAUUUGGAGCUUGUUAUAAAGGUCAUACUGGCGUAGUUCAGAUGUUAAUAAACAAUAAGGCUGACAUUAAUAAGUGCAAUGAUUAUGGAGCAUCACCUCUGUUCUUUGCCUGUCAGGAAGGACAUACCAAAGUAGUACAGAUGUUAAGAAACAAUAAGGCUAACAUAAAUAAGAGUAUGAGAACGGGAGAAUCCCCUGUAGUUAUAGCGUGUUAUUAUGGUCAUACAGAGAUUGUUGAAUUGUUAUUAAAACAUGAAGCAGAUUGUAACAUUAAAUGGAGAGGAUUAACACCACUAGAUAUUGCAAGGAGAGAAAAUCAUAUUAAUAUUGUACAUUUGUUACAAAAACACAAAUAA